AUGUACCUGCAUCAUCAUCAUCAUCAACCAGAGUCAUCAUCAGAAGGCUGUUCAUCUCCGAGGGUAUCAACCCCAGAUAGUCACUACGCUUUGACGGUUUCGAGCCCUUUAUCGACAGCAUCUGAUCCAGGUAUGUCGUCCCAACCUUACACUCCAAACUACUAUCGACAGGAUUGGAGUAGCAGGAACAGUUACUAUGGAGAGAACAACAAUCUUUAUAAUAAGUACGAUUACAAGUACAAAUCUCAAGGCAUGGAGAGUCAGAGCAGUUACGACAAGCAGGACUACUAUGGAGACAGUAAGUACAAAAAAGAUAAUACUAGACGGGGUACUAGCCAGCCGCCUCCGACGGGGAUGGAGGUCAUGAAAAAGCGGAGGUUAGCUGCUAAUGCUAGGGAGCGAAGACGCAUGAAUAGUUUAAAUGACGCUUUUGAUAGGUUGAGGGACGUGGUACCCUCUUUAGGGAACGAUAGGAAGUUGUCGAAGUUCGAAACGUUGCAAAUGGCUCAGACGUAUAUUGCUGCGUUACAUGAGCUGUUGCAAAGAGAUUAG